AAAACAAAAUUGGGUACAAGUGGGGAAGAGAAUCAGGAGAGUGAAUAUACAAAAUAUUAAAAUAAGAUAUAUUAGAAUAACCUAUUUAAGUGAAAUCUUGUUACGUUUUGGUAUACAAUGGCGAAAUCAGUAUUUGAAGAGGGGGGGAGGGGGGUGAGACUUAGCUUAUUUAGGUUUUAUACUGCCUUGGUUUUUUAUUAUGUUUAAUAAAAGAAAUUUUUAUGUUGAAAUAAUACCCUUUGUUACAUAUGAUAAGAAACGAAACUAAUAUAUAAAGAGAAGUAUGUAAAUAGGAGAAAAUCCAAAUUAACAGCCUUAAAAUGACAAUAUUGUAAUAAAAUAGGCUUGGGAUUCGUAAAGUAUUAAUAAAAAUACCCGAACCCCACUCACGUGUACUGGUUUGUCAAAAAUUGAGGGAAAUUGAGAAAAUAUAUAAAAAUACUCGCCUACUAUAAUUUUAGCCGAUUAUUUAAGCGUGAAGAGUUUGGCAACUCAAGUGCGGAGUAAAAGGAAAUUACAACAUCGACACAGCUUCUUUGAUCUUAUUUUUAGAGAGGAGAGGGAAAGAUAUCUCACUAAAAAUAGAGAUGGCAGCAGUAGAAUCAUAUCCAAUGAAGGGAGGAGAUGGCAGUUUCAGCUAUACCAAGAACUCCACCUUUCAGAAAUCAGCUUCAAGUGCAGUACAAGGGUUAAUUUGCUCCGCAAUCACUGAGAAAUUUGAUGCCAUGAACUUCCUCUUGCCCAUUACUGCCACAACACCAUCAGCAACCGCGACAAUCCGGUUAGCUGACCUUGGCUGUUCAGUAGGUCCGAAUACAUUCACUGCAAUGCAAAAUGUGAUGGACACAAUCGAAACCAAAGCCAAAUCCCUGUCUUUCAAAAACCCUCAAUUUCAAGUCUUCUUCAAUGAUCAUGCUGGAAACGAUUUCAACACCCUCUUUACCUCCCUUCCUUUUGAUCGUGCCUACUUCUCAGCUGGUGUGCCCGGUUCCUUCUAUGGCCGUCUUUUUCCUGAUUCGUCACUCCACUUUAUCCACUCAUCAUAUUCUCUACAAUGGUUGUCUAAGGAGCCUAAGGAGCUACUUAACAAGGAAUCUGAGGCAUGGAAUGGUGGGAGAAUCCACUACACUAGUGCUCCACGAGGUGUUGAGGAUGCUUAUGCUAGGCAGUUUUCUGAAGACAUGGAGCUGUUUUUGGGAGAAAGAGCGAGAGAGCUCGUAGUUGGUGGGAUGAUGGUGCUCAUUAUGCCAUGUAUUCCUGAUGAAACAGUGGCUCAUUCUCAGGUUCCUGCUGGGAUAAUGUUCGACCUCUUGGGUGCUUCCCUAGUGGAUAUGGCUGAAGCUGGAGUCAUAAGCCAAGAGCAAGUAGACUCCUUCAACUUGCCAAUCUACGGCGUUUCACCAAUGGAGAUGCAAUCCUUAGUGAAAAAGAACGGGCGAUUUAGCAUUGAGAGAAUGGAGCUAACUGAUCCAACUUCAGCAAGAAAGAAUAAUGAGGGUGGUUCUAAGACUACAGGUGAUGAUAACACAAUAGCAAAUCACUUGAGAGCUGGAAUGGAAGGAAUUUUUUCUAAACAUUUUGGCGUUGAGAAAAUUGAUGAACUGUUUGAUAGAUUUUCUAAGAAAACCAUUGAGUUUUCUGACAAGUUCAAGUCAAGCAUUAAGCAAGGAACUCAGUUGUUCAUUGUCCUUGUCAAAAAGAAUUAAGCUCCUUUUAUAAUUUCCUUCUAAUUUUUCAAAAAUUGUAGUUUAAAUAUUUUUUAUUUGUUUUUGGCCGCAAAGUUCAAGUAAUUUUUUUUUUUUUUCAAAAGUAUGUUUCUUACUUGUAAUAAUGGGCCAUAAUAUUGGGCCAAUAAACUAAAGGAAAUAGGAAUUGAUUUAGCUAGUUGUGGUAAUUGAUGGUUGGGCCUUUUGGGCUUUGUUCAUUAUUAACGGGUUAUCACGCUUAUGAAAGAGA